AUGGCUACCCGCUUGUGCUCUGCCACACUGGGAUCUGACUCAGGGAAACCUGUCAGCCUGAGCUACAGAUGCCCAUGCCGUUUCUUUGAGAGUCACGUUGCCAGAGCCAAUGUCAAGCAUCUCAAAAUUCUCAACACUCCAAACUGUGCCCUUCAGAUUGUGGCAAGGUUGAAGAACAACAAUAGACAAGUUUGCAUUGAUCCAAAGUUAAAAUGGAUUCAAGAAUACCUGGAGAAAGCUUUAAACAAGAGGUUCAAGAUGUGAGAGGUGCAGGUUGAGUAAGACGCCUGCGGAAACUUUACAGUGGGAGCCCAGGUCUGAAAACCAGUAUUAGGAAAAACCAGUUCAGCGGCUUUCCCUUACUGCCCAAUUCAAGAUUAUCUGCAUAUGCAAGGGCUUCAUUUUGCACAAUUUGCCUUACUUUCACAUUUGAUUAUGUAGCCAAAAUAUAUGGUUUUAUUUUUUAUUUAGUAUGAUUAUUAUAUGUCAUUGGUGACAGAUAGAUACUUAGAAUAAGGCUAAGUUUUACUUGCCUUAUUAUAAUAUUUCCUCCAUGAAGCCCCUAGUCUGACCAGGGCUUUUUGAGUUUUAUAUCUCUGUGUAUGGGCUAUACCCAGCUGAAAGAUCAGCCUACUGGGAGCCUUUCCAAUAUUUGUCACACCUUAGAAUGGAGAGACACCCAUCAGCUGGGUAAACCUUAGUGAAAGCUGCCUUGUGCUGCAUGGAAUAGUGGGAGGUGAGAAUCUAGCAGGUGAUACUUGAAGCUCUUCCCUUUCUCCAAAUGAAAGCUGAGGUCUGACAGAGCGUUCUUGAGUUGAGACAGGAGUGGGAGGCCAGGGACAGGGUAAGAAGCGCCCUCACUGUCAUCUGCAGCCCAUCAUCUUCUUCUCAUCAUUCUCUCUCUCUCACCCAUCAUCAUGUGUCUUCAAGACUAGCUGCAUGGCCCUGGAAAAGGACUCUCCCACGACCUGGGUUUUCAUUUACAUUGAGCACCAAGAAGCAAAUCAAAAUGUCUUGUCUUACAGAAAACACUGUACAUCUAUGUUUGUUUGGAAUAUUGUUCAUUGUCCAAUCCUGUGUUUUUGUUUGAAACCCAAGUUCCAUCCCUGACCUCUGUCUUGGGGCGGUGUUGUUGAAUGUUCUUUAUAUGCAAAGGCUGGGAGUCAGGAGAUGCCCUGAGGGCCUUUUCCCUGUAGUCUGAAUUAAGGCUAUAAUUGUUUGAGAUUGAACUGCUUUGGUGUCCCCACUGAUUAAAAACCACCUGGAUCAACAGAGUUUAAGAGUAUUUGGUUGACCUUUGAGGCUGCUGACCCUUAAUGCUCACAUAGUUGUUGAUGUUUUAAAACUAGAGAAAUUUGUCUCCUUUGCUCCAUGCCCAGCAAUAUUUUGGGAAUAAAAAGAAUUCUUAAUUAAAUUAUUUGGCAUAUAUCGCAUAAAAGACUCAGUCUUGGUUCUUAAACAGCUAUUUCCAAUGAAAAUAGAACCUCAUUUUUCAUUAUAUGUAAAUUCCAUAUUUAAUCCUCUAAAAGCUCUCUGGACUUACUGGGAUGCCAUGUCAGCUACGUCUAGGAGGACUGUCUGUCAUGUCCAUAGGGCAUUCCUCUAAGAAAAUGAUUCAAGAAAUUCAUUUGAAAGUCUUAAAUUUAGAGUUUUUUUUGUUUUUGUUUUGAGUGAGGGCAGUUUAUAGAGUUGCAUUAAAUCUUUAAUUUUUAAAGAAGUUAAAAUAUAGGCACUUCAGAAUUUAAAUUUUUGAUUUGGUUUUUAAUUUGAUAUCACUGAUAUGGUACUCCUUUUAAAAAAUGAUAAAAUUUUAAAAGUCAGGGAAGUGGGCAAAGCAAGGAAAUUUAUCAGCUGACAGCACACUACAUGUAGAAAAUAAGUUAUAGUGAAAUAAUUUUGACUUGUAUGUCUUUUUAAGGUUCUUAUGGAGCCCUGAGGAAACAGUGGUUAAUUAAUGUGCUUGGCUGCUGCCCUAAAAGUCUGUGAUUCCAACCCACAAGGAGCUCAUAGCCAGGAAGCUGCCUCAGUCUGCUUCAAUGAAUGUUUUCAGCUUUGGAACCCCUGUGGGGCAGUUCUACUCUAUCCUACAGGGUUGCUAUGAGUUGACUGGCCAGUAGUAAAAUUUUGGGUUUGGUGAGGUUAUUAGCUAGCAUGGAUUAGAUUUCCAUAUAAGUGUUACUUUUAAUUGAAUCAUCAUGAUAGAAAUUAAAUCCAUCAACAAAAAUGUAUGGCCUUAAAUCAACGGUUACAUUGAAAAUAUGGAGUAAAAAAAGCCUUUAUUCAUUCUAAGAGGGACAGGGCUGAUUUCAAGACCCUAUUUUGAAAUGGCCUGGUCACUACUGUGCUCUUGAAUUGUAUAUGAGAUGAUUGAAUUUGCAGUCAAAGGUCAUUUUCUAGGUAAUCCAAGAUUUUAAAAAAUCCAUCAUAGGGUAUCUUUCCUUGAAAUCUACUUACCAAGACUCAGUACCACUAAAGUUUUUGCUCUGAGGAAACAAACAAAAUACAUAAAUAACACCAGAUGCCAUACAGUUCAUUCUGAUUUAUGGGGGCCCCUUAGGUAGGUAGCAUGACCAUAAAUCUUGAGAGCCUUUAACAAUCAAUUCUAUUUCUCCUUCUUGUGGAGGCUAAGAAUAGAAACUGCUGGGAAAAUGAUUUGUAAAACAAUUCUACUGAAAGCUGGCUCCGUAAUGGAGACCAUCCUACUAAAGUAAAUUUGCAUUUCAAUACACAUUUGCAAAGGAAAAGGUGCUCCUAAUCUCCCUUUGGCUUUAAAAUACUAGUCAAGUGCAACUGUGAAUGUUGACUUGGUAUAGUCAGGCUUUCCUUUGUGGUCCCUUUGUUGCCUCAGGCUCUAAUCACCUCCAGGGUGCUCCUCAACUGCCAGCCUUUGCAUAUGUGGUAGGACUGGGACUGGGGCUCAAAGACAUGCUGUGUGUGAAAUCUGAAUCUGUACCAUGUCUUGUUUGCACUGUUGUCUGUCUCCCUUAACUAGCUGCUGAGACACCAGCAAGGAGGCUUCCAGAGGAGCCCUCUGCUGACCAGUUCAUUAGAGGUCACUUCCAAUGAAUAGAGACGUGAGCCCUGACCAGUGGGUCUGAAUAGCAAAAAGUUAACAGUUUUCAAAUGUAAAAUCCAGACAGCCUUCUAAGCCUCAUUAUCUAUUCUGAUUUGACCCUUGCAUGGUGUCAAUUUCUGACCACAGUAACUGGGUGUUACUUAACUGAGUAUGCACCCUUUAUGCACCUACACUUAUUGUUUCUGAGGGAGCCUUGGGCCUGGGAAAUGCUCCCUAGGAACCUCCAAAUUUAAGCAGACCACUGGCAGAGUUAGAUGAUAAAGCCACAUAGAGCACUUAUUAUCCUGUGACCUUGCUGGACUCUCAGUCUUUGUGUAGUGAUGGGUUCAGUGUUAAAUGUGAUAAACACUGUGUUUUGUAUUGCUUAAAAUGCAUCUCCCAGAUAAUGUGAAAUGGUCCAGGAGAAGGCAGCUUCCAAUAUACAGUGCUUUUUUCCCCCUCUUUUUAAGAAAAUAGUAAUAACUUUUGAGAACAACUUUUACUAUGAAGUCAUAUCACUUAAAUAUGUAUAUGCACUUAUAAGUUUCAUAAUAAAUAUUUGUAUUCAAAUAA